AUGUGUGGUUACUACGGAAGCUACUAUGGAGGCCUGGGCUAUGGCUAUGGAGGCCGUGGCUAUGGAUGCUGUGGCUAUGGAGGCCUGGGCUAUGGCUAUGGAGGUCGUGGCUAUGGAUGCUGUGGCUAUGGAGGCCUGGGCUAUGGCUAUGGUGGCCUGGGCUGUGGCUAUGGAUCCUGCUACGGCUCUGGCUACCGUGGUCUGGGCUGUGGCUAUGGCUAUGGCUCUGGCUCUCUCUAUGGCUGUGGUUAUGGAUGUGGCUCUGGCUAUGGCUCUGGCUUUGGCUACUAUUAUUGA